CUUAGAUCCUUACCUCUUUGUUUAGGCGAGGAUGUAUAACCUUCCCCUUCACAACAAAUGAAUAUCUAUAAUCUCUUCUUUAGUGCUAAGUAUUUUUACAAUUGUAAAUAGUUUUAUUGAAUGUAGUGUAGAUUUUAUAAAUAAAAUCAUCUUUGCCAUUAUGUUCCAUCAAUUGAAAAAUAUAUUGUCCCCCAAUUUAAUUAAAACUAAAUGGCCUGCAUUCAAUAUAGCAGAAAAAUUUAGAUCAAUACAUUUAUCCCAAACUUAUUGUAAGUUAAAAGAGGAAAGGAGGGCAGCAAGAAUAAAUCCAAAGAUAGAUGAUGGUACUGAAGGAGAAAAACAAUUUGGCAUUGAUUCCCUUAGCCUCAAGCGUGAGGAGCUGUUUCCUAGUGAAGACACACCUAACAAGUUAUUUAAAAAUAUACCAUUUAAUCAGAUUCCAAUCUGCAACAUUAAAGUUUCUAAAAACAACACUAUAAUUACAAUAACUGACGCAAAAGGUGUUGUGAGAUUGUUACGAUCUUGUGGUGUAGAAGGGUUUAAAAACACAAGAAAAGGUACCAAUAUUGCAGCUCAAGCUACUGCAAUAACAAUUGGUUCUAACGCUCUGAAUAAAGGAUAUUCCAUGCUAAGGGUGAGGCUUAGCGGACUUGGGCCGGGUCGAAUGUCAGCGUUGAAGGGCUUGCAAAUGGCAGGUUUAGACAUAAUAUCUGUUACUGACAAUACUCCUGUAUCAUGGAAUCCACCGAGGCCAAGAAAACAAAGGCGGCUUUAAAAUUUUUGUCUUUUAUUUGUGUAAAUAGUUACUGUAUUGCCAUAAAUAAAAUAUUCAUUUCUCUUAUUGUAAUU